GUGUUUCCAUGGGCUUGGGUCGGGCUUGGGUUAUGUUGUUUUUACGCUGCAUUUUUGAUGUCCUGUCUUUUUGUUGGGGUUACAGUAUAGCAUUUGGGUUUAGCUUGUCUCUUGGGUUGUAGCAAUACAAGAGUAUGAGGUCAGUCUAUGUGUUUGCUGUUGGUGGUGAUGUUGACAUUCAUGUUGAUGGUGACGUGUGGUGUUUUGUUUCAACGGUUGCCAGUCAUUCCUCUAGCCUUGUGUCCCGGUUGUCUCUCGAUUAUGUCAAUCGCCUUCGUUCCGGUUGUGGGAUGCAAUCCAAUGUACCCUCUACUUGCUCACUUUGCCCUACCCGUCCCAACUUGGCGUCAUCAAAUGAAAUCGACUCUUCUUAAAGCAGAAUGGGCGCAGCACCGAGUCAAUCCAUGGCUCGACCAGGCUUUUGCAGCCCAACCGCCCGCAAAUAUGCAAAGCUGCGUUCUUUUUUCCUUUGUGCCAGAGUUACAGGUGGCUAUGCUUGCUGCCUGCCUAUCCGUCUGCCGCCCACCCUGUCGUGUGCGGGAGAAGGAUGAGAUAACACAGCCUCGUCGUUCCUCGUCGCCAACAAGACUGUUAUUAUUUGAUAUACGUUGCGGGUUACUCAGGUUAGUUGCAGGUUCUCUACACAGUGGCGUGCUGCGGAUGGAUUAGCCCCGUCCCGGUAAUGGCGUUGUUGAUGUUGCCAGCCCCGUCCAGACCUUGAUAAGAUCCCAUACGGAACUCAACCAACAUUGCCACCUAGAGUUGGAAGUGGCUUAAUGCGGUCCAAUAAUUGACCCCUUUUGGGGGGCGGCUUAGGUGAAGUGCUCAUGAAGACAUGAACUACCGGUAUUCAUUCUCUUGAUACCUCCUGCUUAAUCUCCGCUGCAUUUGUGAGACCAAACAAGCCGUGUUGGCUACGGAAAAGACUUUGUCCGAGGCCGUAUUGACUAUUAUGGUCAGGUCAUGUA